AUGCCAGAGGAUGUGACGCCUCUGUCAGAGCUGAUGCCUCCUCACCUGACCCCCUUCUGGGAGCGACGGGACUGCCCCCUCCCAGAGAACCCAGGCCCAAAGUGGGCAAAGACAAAGCCCAAGUCACAUCCUAGACUCUGCUCUCUUCUCCUCUGGCUCUCUGCCCCUCUCUCCCACAGUGAUGUUCGCUUUGUGGUUGGUCAAGAACAGCGGGAGGUAUUUGCCCAUCGGUGCCUGUUGGCCUGUAGAUGCAACUUCUUCCAGCGACUUCUGGGCUUGGAGCCGGGCUCCGGGGUGCCUAGCCCCGUGGUGCUGAGCACUGUGCCAGCCGAGGCCUUCCUGGCAGUGCUGGAGUUCCUGUACACCAACAGCGUCAAGCUGCACUACCAGUCUGUGCUGGAAGUGCUGACGGCGGCUGUGGAGUAUGGGCUGGAGGAACUGCGAGAGCUGUGCCUAGAGUUUGUGGUGAAGGUGCUGGACGCGGAACUGGUUUGCGAGGCUCUGCAGGUGGCCGUAACCUUUGGCCUGGGGCCGCUGCAGGAACGCUGCAUGACCUUCAUAGAGACCCACAGCCAGGAGGUGCUUCGGACCCGCGGCUUCCUAGAGCUGUCAGCGGCCGCUCUGCUGCCCCUGCUGCGCAGCGACAAGCUAUGCGUGGACGAGGCUGAGCUAAUCCGGGCGGCCCGGAGCUGGGCGCGCGUGGGCGCUGCGGUGUUGGAGCGGCCGGUGGCUGAGGUAGCGGCCCCGGUGGUGCGAGAGCUGAGACUGGCUUUGCUGGCCCCGGCGGAGCUGAGCGCCCUGGAAGAGCAGAACCGGCGGGAGCCGCUCAUCCCGGUGGAGCAGAUCGUGGAGGCCUGGAAGUGUCACGCUCUUCGGAGAGGGGACGCGGCCCGGGGCGCCCUGUGCCGCCGCCGGAGGGGCACCGUGCCCCGCGAGCAUCACCGCUUUCUGGACCUGCCCUUCAAGGGAUCCAGCGCCACAACUUGA